AUGACUGCGACUCUAGCGAUGAUGAGCCCAGACGGCGCGGACAACAACGACGACAACGUCGACGACGAGUGGUCGCGGUACCCGCGGACCCACCACGGCGUCAACGACGAAAGACGAUCAUCAAGGACUUGGAGUUGGCGACGUUCAAGCCAUCUCCAACUGUCUCUGAGUCGACGUUGA